AUGGAUUUUGAACGUGAAAGUAGCAGUGACGAAGAGAUGAUUGAGGAUUUGGAAGAAAUUAACGAAUUAUUUCCUAUUCGUGGUGGCCGAGUCAUGAAAGAAAAAAUCGAUCAUGUUCAUCAUUUAUCUGACGCCGAAUUCGUAAAGAGGUUCCGCCUUUCCAAAGAAUGUUUUCAUCGGUUGUUGUCAGAGGUUGAAGAAAACAUUAAACCACGAACAGAAAGGUAUUGUAUAUUGUAUAAUUUGGUAUCAUUUGUAAAAUUAAAGAUAUUAUUUUCUAGAAAUUCAGCAAUAUUUGCCUCAAACCGGUUAUUAUUAACAUUAAGAUUUUUUGCUACGGGUAAUAUGUUGCUGGCUGUGGCUGAUUUUUGUGGGGUCAGUGAAGCUGCAGCAUCCCAAAUAGUGAAGUUGGUGGCAAUAGCCAUUGCCAAUUUAAGACCCCAAUACUGCAAAAUGCCGGAGGGUGACGACAUUGGAAAAGCGCAAAGAAACUUUUAUAACAUUGCUCGAUUUCCUUUGGUUAUUGGCACCAUCGAUUGUACGCAUGUACGAAUUCAAUCGCCAGGUGGAGACCAAGCAGAAAAUUUUAGGAAUAGAAAAGGCUAUUUUUCCUUUAAUGUACAGACGGUAUCGGACGCAAAUCUGAAAAUUUUAGAUAUAGUGGCUAGAUGGCCUGGAUCCACGCACGAUCAAACUAUUUUUAAUAAUAGCAGUAUACGCAACAGGUUUGAACAGGGCCAUUUUGGAAACGGUAUAUUGCUUGGGGACAGUGGGUAUCGCAAUACAAAUUAUUUGUUAACUCCCCUUGUCGCACCAAGGACAGAGGCAGAGCGUCUCUAUAAUGAAGCUCAAAUAAGGACCCGAAAUGUCGUAGAACGGCAGUAUGGGGUUUGGAAGAGACGAUUCCAAGUUUUAAGAUUGGAAAUGAGGGUGGCGACGGAAAGGUAACAAUUAGAACCAAUUAGUUAAAAAAAUUAAAAGAAGAACCGUUACCAUCCGAGGAUGAGGAUGACGAUAAUAACCCCAACAUAGAAGUGGAGAGAAAUGGUGAUGACAUUGCUGGUGAUAAAAGGGCAGAAAUGAUACAAUAUUUCGAAACUUUGCGAUAACAUAUAUAUUUACAAUAAGUAAUAAACAAUGUAACAAAAUAAUAAAACUAAUUUUUUUCUAAUGAG